CCCGGGCGCGCAGCGUCGGCCCAGAAGGAGCGGGCGCCUCUCCGGUCCCCGCCCCCGCGUGCCCCUGCGGUCCCGCUGCCCGCCCGCCCGCCGGAGCCGCCGGCGCAUGUGGCGGCGCGCCCUUCCCCGUCCCCUCCGCAGGCGGCCGCAGCCCGGCCCCAGCACCGCCUCGGCGCCCCCGCUGGUCCCCGGCCCGUCCCCCGCGCUGCUGCGGCCGGACGCCGGCCCGGCCGCGAUGCAGGCGCGCGCGCUGCUCCUGGCCGCGCUGGCCGCGCUGGCGCUGGCCCGGGAGCCCCCGGCCGCGUCGUGCCCCGCGCGCUGCGACGUGUCCCGGUGCCCGAGUCCCCGCUGUCCGGGCGGCUACGUGCCCGACCAGUGCAACUGCUGCCUGGUGUGCGCCGCCAGCGAGGGCGAGCCGUGCGGCCGCCCCCUCGACUCGCCGUGCGGGGAGAGCCUGGAGUGCGCGCGCGGCGUGUGCCGCUGCCGCUGGGCGCACGCCGUGUGCGGCACCGACGGGCACACCUACGCCAGCGUGUGCGCGCUGCAGGCGGCCAGCCGGCGCGCGCUGCAGCUCUCCGGGACGCCCGUGCGCCAGCUGCAGAAGGGCGCCUGCCCGUCGGGUCUCCACCAGCUGACCAGCCCGAGGUACAAGUUCAACUUCAUCGCGGACGUGGUGGAGAAGAUCGCGCCGGCCGUGGUCCACAUAGAGCUCUUCCUGAGACACCCCCUGUUUGGCCGCAACGUGCCCCUGUCCAGCGGCUCGGGCUUCAUCAUGUCGGAGGCCGGCCUGAUCGUCACCAACGCCCACGUGGUGUCCACCUCCAAUGCCGUCUCGGGCCGGCAGCAGCUCAAGGUGCAGCUGCAGAAUGGAGACACGUACGAGGCCACCAUCAAAGACAUCGACAAGAAGUCGGACAUCGCCACCAUCCAGAUCCACCCCAAGAAGAAGCUCCCGGCCCUGCUGCUGGGCCACUCGGCAGACCUGCGGCCCGGCGAGUUUGUGGUGGCCAUCGGCAGUCCGUUUGCCCUGCAGAACACGGUGACCACGGGCAUCGUCAGCACGGCCCAGCGGGACGGCAAGGAGCUGGGCCUCCGGGACUCAGACAUGGACUACAUCCAGACGGACGCCAUCAUCAACUACGGGAACUCCGGGGGACCCCUGGUGAACCUGGACGGAGAGGUCAUCGGCAUCAACACGCUCAAGGUUGCGGCCGGCAUCUCCUUCGCCAUCCCCUCGGACCGCAUCACACGCUUCCUCACGGAGUUCCAGGACAGGCACGCCAAAGACUGGAAGAAGCGUUUCAUCGGCAUACGGAUGCGGACCAUCACCCCGAGUUUGCUGGAAGAACUGAAAGCCAGCGACCCAGACUUCCCAUCGGUCAGCAGUGGGAUCUACGUGCAGGAGGUGGUUCCAAACUCACCUUCUCAGAGGGGGGGCAUCCAAGAUGGCGACAUCAUCGUCAAGGUCAACGGGCGCCCGCUGGCGGACUCGAGCGAGCUGCAGGAGGCCGUCCUGACGGAGUCCCCUCUGCUUCUGGAGGUGCGUCGGGGGAAUGAUGACCUCCUGUUCAGCAUCGCGCCCGAGGUGGUCCUGUGAGGGGGAGCUCUCCCCACGUCGCCGAGUGCCAGAGCCUGCGGCCCAGGACAGGUGCCAGCCGAGAGGUCCCGUCCGGAGCCGCUGCCUCCCACGGGGUCGGGACGAAGGACCACGGAUGGUCCUCAGCAGAGCCAGAGGCCCCCUCCUGGCUGUCCAGGGGCAGCGCCGCAGGCAGGGCUUGGCCAGGGACCUGCCUCUCAGCCUUCGGGGGGUCGGCUCCCUCAUCACAGUGCCACGGGGGCAGCCGGAUGUCCCCCGCGUACAGAUGCUCCUGAGGGCCACCCUCCAAGUGCCCGGGAUAUCUAGAACACUCCUCUGGAGUUCCCUGCAGCCCCCACCUUCUGUCCUACACCCCUGCCUCGACACCUGUCCAUACCUGUGUCCAAACGUCCAACCUACUCCUACCCCUCCCUCCCCUCCGACUCACCUGCUCAGGUCGGUCCCCGAGCCCAUCCUCCGCAAGGAAUGCCUCCCAUCCCCCCCCCCCCCCCACUGAACACCACAGUGCCCACCGCACUGAAUGACCAGGGCUGUGACCCCACCAGCCUGGAGGCCCUGGGGGGCGGCCGUGUCUGACUCGGGGAGUCAAGCGUGGGGACCCGGCCCACAGCAGGUGCCGAGCGGAGGCGCCCUGGCUUCCCGGCCAAGCCCUGUGGCAGGAGAGAGACUGGCCAGGGGCAGAGAGCACCUGACACCCUCUGGAAGGCCGCUUGUCCUCCUGGAGGUGGCCUUGGGACGGCGGGCAGAGGAAGCCCCUUGACGGGGGUUGGGGUUCCAAGGACCAAGCUGGUUCCUCCUCCCCUGUGCCGUUCUGCGUGAAGCGGCAGGUGGCGGGGCGUGGGGGGGAGGGGCGCGCGUGUGUUCUGAGGUGCAUCGGUGGCCUUUGCUGUACAAUGGAUUCCCCAUGUUGCUUGUACUGUGUGUUUCUCUACUGUAUGGAAAUUAAAGUUUACAAGCACA